UCGCAUGUUCCAGUUCAUGCCGCCUGCGGCCGGCGGGCCCAAGUUCGACGAGGAGGCCGCCGAGAUCGAGCGCUUCCGCGCGCGCCACCGCCGCCUGCACCGCGACCAGCCGGGGGCGGUGGGCAGCGCAGCCUCCAGGGUGGAGGCGCUGGACGAGGACGGCGGCCGCAGACGCAAAGUCUCGGCCAAGUGGCGCCAGCAGCAGCAGCAACAGCAGCAGCACCAUCACCAUCACCAUCACCAUCACCAUAUUCCCCACCACCAGUCUGCGCACCGCGGGCCUUUCGAAGACGUCGACGACGCUGAGCUUCACGGGGGCUUCAACGCCUUCGACUUCUCGGCGUCGCCCGAGGCCUUCUUCCACGAUGAGCCCCGGCAGGUUGAAGCUGCCGCCGCAGAGCAGCAGGCGCAACGGCUACAGCAACAACUACAACAACAACAGCGGGAGGAGGAAGAGGAGCAGCGGCGCCAGCACAUGGCCCACGUGGCCCAGCAGGUGUCGGCCAUGGGCUUCAACACGGCCAGCCUAUGGGAGCAGAGCUCGCCGUGCCUGGGCAUGUGGCGGCCGCCCGUGCAGAUGCCGUAUGCCCCGCACGACGACCAGCGCCAGUGUCUUCACGGUCAGCCGCAGUUCUUUGCGUAG